AUGAAAUCGAAAAUAUUUUCUUCACAAUGGUCAAGAUUGAAAACUGACCACAUAAGACAAACAAUCUUUUCUUAUUCGAUUGCUCACUCGAGUGUUUCGACAAUUGUGGUUGAAGAAAAGUGGAGAGAAAAGUUUGAAAGGUUUGAAUGUCUAAUAUCUAAUCUAAGGUUUAAAGAAGCAGGAAAAUUGUGGGUAGUGGAAAGUUAA